AUGAAACAUCAGAGCAGUGUCUUUCGCGCCAAACGACUAUCCAAAGCAUUUACAUCAACACUGACGAGCGUCUUCGAGAAGGUCGAUACGCUGACAGACGCACCAACAACAUCCCAUCAUCUCUUCUUGCCAACAGCCGAACGUAACUCAAAAGACAGCUCUCGACCCGGAAGCGUACAAGACGACUUCAACUUAGCCAUCCCAGCCGAAGCACCCACCGAGCAUUACAUAAUACAAGAAAACAAGUAUCCUGCUUUACGAGCUUUGCGAAGCGACGCCGAGAUUGGAGAUGGGAUAUGGAGAUGCUGUCACUGCCGCCACGAGAACAUCAUCACGCAUUACAAGGGAGCGUUCCCUUUCAAGCACCUGGUCUGCAAACGUUGCGGCGAGAUACUCUAUUCACAAUGUCAUUCCUCGGAGAUUCUUUCCCCUCUACCGUACGGCAUGAUUCAAGCACCACCACCUGGCCUAGAUCGCGAAGUCCGCUAUCUCCACGUCUGUACUAUUUGCGGGCUGAGCCACCGCGCGGAGAUGGAAGGUACGACGCUCGACUUCUAUAGCGUCAACUGUGCAGGUUGUGGAAACAGUUCAUAUGGAGACUGGCCACGUUAUCAUAUUGGAAGUAACGAGCCAUACAGAAGAGAUCCAGAUGCGAGAUUUGUCAAGCUCGUCGAUGCAAGAGCUGAUGAUGCAGCGAGGACAGCUUUCCGCUGGAUCAUUGCAAACGAUGAUAGACCGCCUUCGAGACUGAGUUGUAAGAAUCUGGAAGAUAUUUGA